AUGGGUCCUACCAUCAAGCUGAGCAGCGGCCACGAGAUGCCCCAGGUGGGCUUUGGUCUGUGGAAGGUGGACAAUGCUACAUGCGCCGACACGGUUUACCACGCCAUCAAGACCGGAUACAGGUUGUUGGACGGUGCCUGCGACUACGGCAACGAAAAGGAAUGUGGCGAGGGCGUCGCGCGCGCCAUCAAGGAAGGGAUCGUGAAGCGCGAGGACCUCUUCAUCACAUCCAAGCUCUGGCCCGUCUUCGAGGACGGCGACAAAGUCGAGCCAGCCUGCCGGCGCUCGCUCGCCGACUGGGGGCUCGAGUACUUCGACCUGUACCUGAUCCACUUCCCCGGCGCCCUCAAGUACGUCGACCCAUCCGUGCGCUACCCCCCCGGUUGGCACUACGACGGCAGCUCGCAGCUGGUCCGGUCUAACACGCCGAUGCACGUCACCUGGGCAUCGAUGGAGUCGCUCGUCGGCAAGGGGCUCGCCAAGUCGAUCGGGAUAUCCAACUUCCAGGCGCAGCUGAUCUACGACAUGCUGCGGUACGCGACGAUCCCGCCGGCCGCGCUGCAGAUCGAGCACCACCCCUUCCUCGUGCAGAAGGAGCUCAUCAGCCUGUGCAAGGCGGAGGGGAUCGCGGUGACGGCGUACUCGUCGUUCGGGCCCGCGUCCUUCCUCGAGUUCGGCUUCAAGCACGCGCAGGCCUUGGCCCCGCUCAUGAAGGACGAGCUGAUCGCCGGGCUCGCCGCCAAGUACGGCAAGCAGCCGUCGCAGAUCCUGCUCCGCUGGGCCACGCAGCGCGGGCUCGCUGUCAUCCCCAAGACCAGCCGCGUCGAGGUCAUGGCGCAGAAUCUCGACUGCACCGGCUUCGACCUCGAGCAGGCUGACCUCGAUGCCAUCACCGCCAAGGAUGCGGGCAUUCGCUUCAACCAACCCUCAAACUACUUCCCCACGGAUAAGAUGUGGAUCUUUGGCUAA